GCGGGGCCGGGAGCCAUCGCCGCUCCCCGGACGCGUCCGGAGCGUGUCCGAGGUGUGUUCGGAGCGUGUCCGAGGUGUGUUCGGAGCGUGUCCGAGGUGUGUUCGGAGCGUGUCCGAGGUGUGUUCGGAGCGUGUUCGGAGCGUGUCCGGAGCGUGUCCGAGCGUGUCCGAGGGAUCCGGCCAUGCAGCGGGAGGUGGGCACGCUGCCGCUGGCCCCCGCCCUGCGCGCCCGCCUCGCCGCCGCCGGCUUCCAGACGGCGCAGGAGCUGCUGGACACCGGGCCCUGCGGCCUGAGCAAAGAAGUUGGAAUCUCCAGGGAAGAGGCGCUGGAAGCGCUGCAGGUGGUGAGGCAGGAAUGUCACGGGGAUGCAGCAAGGACAGCUGGGGGAUCAGGUGUCACCAGGAAGUGCACAGCCCUGGAGCUUCUGGAAGAAGAGCAAAGCCAGGGUUUCAUCAUCACCUUCUGCUCAGCACUGGACAACAUCCUGGGAGGAGGAGUGCAGCUGACAAAAAUCACCGAGAUCUGCGGAGCACCCGGUGUUGGCAAAACACAGCUCUGCAUGCAGCUGGCAGUGGAUGUCCAGAUCCCAGAGUGCUUUGGGGGCGUUGCUGGAGAAGCUGUGUUCAUUGACACUGAGGGAAGUUUUAUGGUGGACAGAGUGGUGGACAUUGCAGCUGCCUGUGUGCAGCACUGCCACCUUAUUGCUGAGGCUCAGCAAGAAGAGGAUCAUGGGAAAGCUUUGGAGACUUUCUCUCUGGAAAAUAUCCUCUCUCACAUCUAUUACUUCCGUUGUCGUGACUACACAGAGCUGCUGGCCCAGGUCUACCUCCUGCCAGAAUUCCUGUCAGAGCAUUCCAAGGUCCGGCUGGUGGUGAUUGAUGGCAUUGCCUUUCCCUUCCGCCACGACUUCGAGGACCUGUCCCUGCGCACGCGGCUGCUGAACGGGCUGGCACAGCAGCUCAUCAUCAUGGCCAACGACCACAAAUCUGCUGUAGUUCUGACAAACCAAAUGACAACGAGGAUUGGACAAAGCCAGUCCACAUUGGUACCUGCUUUAGGAGAAAGCUGGGGACACGCUGCCACCGUCCGUUUAAUCCUCCACUGGGACAACAGUCAGAGGCUGGCCACGUUGUACAAAUCUCCAAGUCAGAAGGAGUCCACCAUAGCCUAUCACAUCACACUAUUAUAAAAAUCAGCUCUGCCGACCAGAACUGAGAGAAGGAUCUGUUGGCGGAGACAAAAUUAGAUUAAAUGAGCCAGAUUUCGUUCUCAUCUGCUGGAGACAAGGAAGCUGUUCCAGGCUCAGAAUUGCAGAGAAAGAAAAAAAUUGACCGUUGCCUCACCAGUAAAUCUUCCAUGGCAAGUUGAUUUUUCCCCAUAUGUGCCUGGAAUUCUCAUGCAUGUCUCAGCAUCAGUGCCCAACAGUGAGGGGCAGAAGAGAAUUUUAUUACUGCACAAAAAGUGAAAUUCUAUGUAACCAACCUCAUGGCACUGCAUCAAAAAGAAAAUGGGUUGUUUGAUUUGCUGCUUAAGUCCCAGUUUGCUGAAAGCCAAGGGCUUUAACUGUCAUGCUGAGUUUGAAAUUAUUCCAUUUUGUGGGGACGACAUUUACUUGUGGUGGAGGAACUUAUUUUGUCACCACAACAAGAAUCCAGAUCCCACCACAGGCCUUGGCAACAGGCAAACACUGCGGUCACAGGAGAAUUCUCAAGCCCUGAGUCCUGCUUUGAAAUGCUUUAGUUUGGACAAGGAAAAUAACAAUUUAUUUGUUCCUGAUUUGAUGUGUUUUGCAUCUUUUCCGUUAUGAAAUACUGAGGAACCUGCAAGACUCUAAGUAGAGUUAAUUUGAGAAAACAUGGAGAAGAAAUAAUGUCACUGGAGGUACAAAGGUGUAGCCAAGGUUCAAGGUAGGAAAUCAGUCUCAAGUUGAAGUCAGUCACAAAGUAAUUGAUUUGUGUGGAAAGGAGAUUGGGCCACUAACCUGAGUGCUGAAUACAGAGCUGAGAAAAGUACAUUUAAAAUAUAACUACCAUUUUCCUGUUCAAUUUCAGUUCCUGUUCCUUUAGUUAUUUUACCGGGGGACUAAAUUUAGGAUCAGAUUUAUUCUCAGGUAUUUCAUGGAUUAACAACAAAGGUGAAAUCCUUACUGCCUGCUUUUUGAACUCCAUCCUUGUCCUGAACAAAAGAAAAUAGGAAAGUUGGAAGGGCUCUCCAAAGAGACUG